CUCCUGAUCUGAUCAGUUAGCUAGCUGCAGCUGCAGCAACUUCGUCUCCGAUCCGACCCUCCUAGAUCAUUCUGUCUCUGUAUAAAGUUAGUCGACCCAUCAAUACAAUCUAUCUCAUUGACAGUUGGUACCAAUACCAGCCAUCGAUCAUCCAUGGAGUCGACGCUGCAGCUGCCGGCGCGCGUGGAGGCGCUCAGCCUCAGCGGCCUCUCCGCCAUCCCGCCCGAGUACGUCCGCCCCGCCGACGAGCGAGCCGACCUCGGAGACGCCUUCGACCUGGCGCGCGACCACACCGCGCCGCGGAUCCCCGUCGUCGACAUCUCCCCCUUCCUGCCCCUCGCCGACGACGACAAGCAGCAGCAGCGCAUCAAUUCGGAGUGCGUCGAGGCCGUGCGCGCCGCCGCCGCCGACUGGGGCGUCAUGCACAUCGCCGGCCACGGCAUCCCCGCCGACCUCAUGGACCGCCUGCGCGCCGCCGGCGCCGCCUUCUUCGCCCUCCCCAUCCACGCCAAGGAGGCCUACGCCAACGACCCCGCCGCCGGCCGCCUCCAGGGCUACGGCAGCCGCCUCGCCACCAACGCCAGCGGCCAGCGCGAGUGGGAGGACUACCUCUUCCACCUCCUACACCCCGACGCCCUCGCCGACCACGCGCUCUGGCCCGCGCACCCGCCAGACUACGUCGCCGCCACGCGCGAGUUCGGCCGCCGCAUCCGGGAGGUGGCCUCGGCGCUGCUCGCCAUCCUCUCCGCGGGGCUCCUCGGCCCCGGCCGCGGGGACGCGCUGGAGAAGGAGCUCACCCGCGCGGGGGACGACGACCUCCGGCUGCAGCUCAAGAUCAACUACUACCCGCGGUGCCCGCAGCCGGAGCUGGCCGUGGGCGUGGAGGCCCACACGGACGUCAGCGCGCUCUCCUUCAUCCUCCACAACGGCGUGCCGGGCCUGCAGGUGCGCCACGCCGGCCGCUGGGUCACGGCGCGCGACGAGCCGGGCACCAUCAUCGUGCACGUCGGCGACGCCCUCGAGAUCCUCAGCAACGGCCGCUACACCAGCGUGCUGCACCGGGGCCUCGUCAACCGCGAGGCCGUGCGCGUCUCCUGGGUCGUCUUCUGCGAGCCGCCGCCGGAAACCGUGCUGCUGCGCCCGCUGCCGGACCUGGUCACGACGGACGAACCAGCCAGGUUCACGCCGCGCACCUUCAAGCAGCACCUCGACCGCAAGCUCUUCAAGAAGCACCAGCGGCAGCUGCUUCCUCCUCCUCCACACGAUGAGCAGCACCAGCAGGAGGAUACAGAUGGUGGUGGCCACCAUCGCCACCAAAUAAAUCAAUCAUGCAUCAUAUACUAAUUAUUGCAUCAUCCGGCCACGCAUAUUUUCGCAAACAAUAAAAAAAUCAUCAUGCAUAUUAGGAGUAUAUAUUCUUGCGCAUCAAUAUAUAUCAUCAUGAUCGGUCACAUUAUUGUAAUAUUAUUCCAAGAUUUUAUUAGCUCCUUCCUCCGAUCACGAAUAGACAUCAUCGCUGCAGUACGUGGAGGCCUCCAAAUGUAACUUUGAUCACUAUUACUUUCAAUAAAAAAAUAUGUAUCCCUAUU